ACGUGACCAGGCAAGAUCGCCGCAGCUGCGCCGAAAGCUUUGGAGCCGUACGUCAAUCAACUCGCAUUCCAUCUGCGAUUGGCCUUUAAGACCAACACAUUUACUUUCAUUUAUCAGAUAAAUACAUCGCAAGGACCGCUAUCAAUUUCAGCUUCAGUAGCUACACCUCGACUUCCUACAAACACCUUUUUGCGAAUUGAAACUGCCGUCGCGGCAUCGUCGUCGACAUGCCUCCUCCAUUACCCUCCGUCCAUCGCGGCAUGACCGCCAACCCGCUCAAACCCAGCCGCUACAGACCCGGAAAAGCCGUUGCCGAGGAGCCGUCUUCAUCAGAGGAGGAAGAGGAUGAGGAGGAGAGUGAGAAGAUCAAAGAGCAAGAACGUCGCAGAGCAGCAGAGGCGCAACGUCGACGAGAGCGACAAGCGCCCAAGGCUACGUCGUUCCCGACUGGCGCUGCUGGAAAGAUUACAAAGAGGGUGCAGGAUGUGAAGAUUGAGGAGGAAGAUGAUGAAGAGGGUUUCGUGACGGAUGAAGAUGAGGAAGAACAGCCGCCUAAAGUAGCUGCGCGUGUUCCGGGUGACCAACCGGCUCCUGCGGCAGUUAAACCAACGCUCAAGGAGGAAGACGAGGAAGAAGAAGAGGAGGAGGAGGAAGAGGAAGAGAGUUCCGAAGAAGAAGAAAGCAGCUCCGAAGACGAAGCACCCCGGAGAGUUCUUUUCCGCCCUACAUUUAUCAAAAAAGAUAAACGGAAUAACGCAGCGACACCAGACACAAGUGGACAGGCACCUGCCGCCGGCGUGGACUCCACCGUGGAAACAGAAGUUCGAAAAGCCCAACGACAAGAAAAGGCAGACAUGCUCGUCCGCGAACAGCUAGAGAAAGACGCCAUCGCCCGCUCCUCAGCGAACAAAGCCUGGGACGACGAUGAAGCAGAGGCAGGCGAAGAAGGCGCCAUCGACGACACGGACGGACUCGACCCAGAAGCCGAAUACGCAGCCUGGAAACUGCGCGAACUCAAGCGCAUCAAGCGCGAGCGCGAAUCCAUCGAAGAAGCAGAAAAGGAGCGCGAAGAGAUCGAACGACGCCGGAACCUGACCGCGGAGGAGCGCGAGCGCGAAGACUCCGAGUUUAUCGCUAAGCAAAAGGAAGAAAAAGACGCUACCCGCGGACAGAGUAGCUUCAUGCAACGCUACUUCCACAAGGGAGCUUUCUUCCGGGAUGAUCUCGAGCGCGAAGGACUGGACAGACGAAACGUCAUGGGACACCGGUUCGUGGACGAUGUCUCGCGCGAGACAUUGCCUCAGUACAUGCAGAUCCGCGAUAUGACCAAGCUCGGCAAAAAGGGACGAACGAGGUACAAGGAUAUGAAGAGCGAGGAUACAGGACAGUUCGGCGAGGGCUUUGAUAAUCGCCGUCGUCGCGAUGGCCCUGCGCUCGGCGUUACCGAUGAGAGAUUCCUUCCUGAUCGUGACGACCAGAGACCCAAGGGUCCCACGGGAGCCAACGCCAGUGUUAUAGACGCGAUGACCGAAGAGACCGGUCAAGAGAUCGCUACAGGCCCGAGGGCGGCAGUCGCAGAAAGCGGAGUCCCUCACCAUAUGACGACCGAGACAAGCGACGACGAAUGCGCAGUGUUUCGCGAUGAAGAUGAUCAAUUUGAAAGAAAGCAAGCAAGCAAAUAUAUCCAUUGA